GACAGCUCAAAGUAGUGGGACGUCUAAAGGACCCUCAAACACACAAACCGGAUAUUCUGAGAGCAUGAAGUAAACAUUGGAGUCAACAAUACAUUUAUUACACUCAAUUCUCUAACAGAUUUCUUAGGGUGGACAAAAUGAACAACAUGUCCCCCGAGGUUGCACUGCACCGGAUCUCACCUGAGCUGCGGCCCCUGCUCUGCAGCGUUGUUCGAAAUGGUAGAGUGGGACUAGACUCUACAAAUUGUCUUCGUGUGACAGACCUGAAAACUGGAUGCACAUCUCUAACUCCUGGUCCCUGCUGUGAUCGUUUUAAGCUUCACAUCCCAUAUGCUGGAGAAACUUUGAAAUGGGACAUAAUAUUUAAUGCUAAUUAUCCGGAAUUACCUCCAGAUUUUAUCUUUGGAGAAGAUGUUGGAUUUAUUCCUGAUCCUUCAGAACUACCGCACUUGGUCCAGUGGGAUCCCGGGAACCCUGAGUGUUUGCUUCGGUUGGUACAGGAGCUCCUCCAGCAGUACCACAGCUACCAGUGCCAGCGUUUGCAGGAGAGCUCCAGGCUGCUGUUUGAGUACGACAGCUUACUGGAGGAUCCCAACUAUGGACGCAACAUGGAGAUUUAUGCCGGACGGAAGAACACCUGGACGGGAGAGUUUUCAGCUCGUUUUCUUUUAAAACUCCCAGUGGACUUCAGCAACAUCCCAGUCUAUCUACUUAAGGAUACAGCUCUGGACCCAGGGGAGGAUGUGGCCCUUCUCUCAGUGAGCUUUGAGGAUGCAGAGGCCACUCAAGUCUUCCCAAAACUCUACCUUUCUCCCAGCAUUGAACAUGCUCUGGGAGGCUCCACUGCACUUCAUAUCCCAGCUUUCCCCAGUGGAGGGUGCCUCAUUGACUAUGUCCCUCAAGUGUGCCAGUUGCUCACCAAUAAGGUGCAGUAUGUUAUCCAGGGCUAUCACAAGAGGAGAGAGUACAUCGCUGCCUUCCUCAGCCACUUUGGAAUGGGUGUGGUGGAGUACGACGCAGAAGGAUUCACUAAGCUCACACUUCUUCUCAUGUGGAAGGACUUUUGUUUCCUAGUCCAUGUGGAUCUCCCACUGUACUUCCCGAGGGACCAGCCCACACUUACUUUCCAGUCAGUCUACCACUUCACCAACAGCGGGCAGCUUUAUUCUCAGGUGCAGAAGUCGUAUCCCUACAGUCCACGCUGGGAUGGUAAUGAGAUGGCCAAGAGGGCCAAGGCGUACUUCAAGAGUUUUAUUCCACAGUUCCAGGAGGGUGCCUUCGCCAACGGGAAGCUGUAGUGCUCUCCAGCCGACUAACAAGUCUGGAGAACGGUGUGUGUGGGAGUGUGUAUGUAGGUGUGUGUUUGUGCCUAGCACACCUAGCACUUUGUACUUGUAUACCAUGCACUAACAAACAGUGCGGUGGGAGUGACAGUCUGCUUGUUUGCAUGUUUUUGGCCUCGACGUUCUAACCUUGUUCUUUUUUUAUGGCGUUUGCUUCAUUAUCACUGUCGCUGCAGCACAGUAAUGGCUCUUAUGUUAGAAAAGGUCUCAAUGUUGUGAAGUUCAUUUGCCAUAAAAUGCACUGUUUUGUCUCCUGGAGCCCCAGUGCAAUGUGACCGUGGUUCAUUUAAAGUGAACUAAAGGUUUUGCUCAAUAGAUAAAACUAGAUUUCCUUAAAUGCAACGUCGAAGUCAGCUUGAUAAAUGGAUUUUGAGCAGAGAAAAAUGAAAGUGAUAAACACAGAGUUUCUCUUUGUUCUAGUGGAUGUUCUGAGCGCCACAGAGGUUCAGUCGUCCGAAGCAGCUAAUAAGCAUAAAUGUUGAUAUACGGCAGUGGAUCUAAGCUACUGCUGCUACAGUGUUUGAUACAUUAACAUCCUUCCCCAGCGUGGCCUCUGUGUUGGAUUCUAGCGGCUACUGUAGCCAGUCGUCAUAACACUGAAUGCUGCCGGUCUUGUUUUUCAGACUCUCCGUCUCUCUCUUUUACUCCAUGAGUUAAUAAACGUGAGCAAACAUAGCAAACAAAUCAUUUGUUACUGGUUAAAAUGUUUUCUACCGAAUAGACAUCUUCAUUUCUGCCUAUAAUCUUGUCUUAUUCGAAUCUGGGCUAAUUAUUAAACUGCAAUAAAUACAUAAAAAUAACUACUUCAGAAGUUAAUGUCAUUGAUUUGUUGUUUAGUUCUAAUGGUGUCAUAUUCUGAUAUGUAAACAGAAGUGUAUCUUUAUUUUUGAUUUUUCUUUUUCUAAAUGUACGUCCAGUAAAGACACGUGUCCUCAAACUGUGUGCGAUACUGAUCCUGUACAUUAUGGGGUUUUUCCUUGGCUUGUCCACAAUAUAUCAAAAUACAAGUAAAUAAAUACUAAUGUCGUAAACUCACGUAUACAUGAGGACGUUUUUGUAGAAAGAUGUAUUUAAUGUGUCUAAAAUGUUACUAAACUCAUCUUGUAUGACGUCACGUCAUUACCCUUAGGAAUGUGGGUUAAAAUACUCACACACAAAAAAAAAGAAAUGGAUGAAAAUAACCACCAAGAUAUAUUUUGUGGGAACUGUCAAUGUUGGGUUACUUUGAGGCCUAAAAAAAAUCAAAGCAACAUUCCAACAUGUGGUCGACCCCAAACCCAAAAAUGUGACAAGUUUCUUAGUAAAUCCAAAUAGUCUUCUUUACAUG